AUGGCAAGCGCACAAUCCACAGUUGAUUCAUUGAAGGAAUUGAAUUCUAGGCUUAUAGCCGAAAUCGAUAAACUUAGAAAAGAGAAUGCUAAUAUCAAAUCCGAAAAUAUAAAACUAAAACAAGAUAAAGAAGAAAGCGAUGAAGAAAAAACUGACCUUAUUGCUAAAUUGGAACGCAAUGUCUCACUAAUCAAGGGACUGAGCUUGCAAGACAAGGGUACGGAGUGUUAUCAAACUGUUGCUAAUGUUUCGCAGGUUCCAAUAACUGUUUCCCCUGAAAUAAAUUCUAACCAUACUCCUAAACAAAUGGUCUCGCGAAAUGAAGAUGCACUGGCAUCAGAUAUAUCAGAUAAUGCAUCGAAAUCUGAUUUACAUCGGCCUAUUUGCGUAGAAUCCAAAACAUCGGAAGAUAAAAAGGUCGAUGAAUUCUUGAGUUCUGUGAAUAAAAAAAGGAUUAGUAACGAAAUAAGAGAGAGAAAAAGAAAAGAAAAACUUCAGGAUCAAGAGUCGUUCUCAACUCCUGAGAAUACUGCUAAUAUUUCUCAUAAACAGAGCAUAAAAUCUCAAAUUUCUACCUCACAUAGUAAGAAUGUUUCCAUAUCUGAAGCAGAGAAAAUGCCAUCUAAUCAUAAUGAAGGUUCGAAUACUACAGACGCAAGGCUUUCUCCCGAAAUACGUGACAUUUCUUCCAAAAUUCCCUACAAUCAGAAAGUAGAACAAGGUUUAAUACAUGAGUUAUUUGAAUUUAUUAGAGGCACUGAUUUCAUGUCCUUACAAAAUCUAAAGAAAACCCCAUUGAAAUCUAUCUUCAUUAAACAAAUUUCGGACAUUCCUGUUGAUAUAGAUCUGCCCCCAGGUUCCAUGCGAAAGUAUCAUUCAUCAUCUGAAUUCCAAAAAUUGAUCAGCAUGAAGAAUUCUUCACAGGCACAUGACCAACUGAAAUCUGAUAUAAAAACUAAAGUAUGUGAAGAAACUUUACUGGAAACAGAAAUAAAAGCUGAAGUAAGUAUAUUACAGGUAAAUACAUCUAGUCAUCUUGUGAUUGUCUUUGGCAAGAAUAACCAUGUAAAUUUUCGUAGAAAA